CCAGCGCACCAUGGCGGCCACGGCGGCAUCCCCGGCGCUGAAGCGCCUGGAUCUGCGCGACCCCGCGGCUCUUUUCGAGACCCACGGGGCGGAAGAAAUCCGCGGGCUCGAGCGGCAGGUCCGGGCGGAGAUCGAGCACAAGAAGGAGGAGCUGCGGCAGAUGGUGGGCGAGCGGUACCGCGACCUGAUCGAGGCGGCCGACACCAUCGGCCAGAUGCGCCGCUGCGCCGAGGGGCUGCUGGACGCCGUGAGGGCCACGGACCAGUACUGCGCCCGCCUGCGCCGCGCCGCGCCCCGGGCCCCGCCGCCGCGGGCGCCGCAGCCACAGCCACCAUCCCAGGAGAAGUUCCACAGCAUGGCUGCCCAGAUCAAACUGCUGCUAGAAAUUCCUGAGAAGAUCUGGAGCGCCAUGGAGGCCUCUCAGUACCUCCGUGCCACCCAGCUGUACCUGCUCUGCUGCCACCUGCACGGCCUGCUCCAGCUGGAUUCUUCCAGUUCCAGAUACAGCCCCAUCCUCUCGCGAUUUCCCAUCCUCAUCCGGCAGGUGGCAGCAGCCAGUCACUUCCGGUCAACAAUUUUGCAUGAAAGCAAGAUGUUGCUCAAAUGCAAGGCUGUGUCUGACCAAGCCGUGGCCGAGGCCCUCUGCUCUAUAAUGCUCUUAGAGGAGAGCUCUCCCCGCCAAGCCCUCACGGACUUCCUGAUGGCCAGAAAGGCGACUAUCCAAAAACUUCUCAACCAGCCUCACCACGGCGCUGGCAUCAAGGUCCAGAUCUGCUCCUUGGUGGAGUUGCUGGCCACCACUCUGAACCAGGCUCAUGCCCUCUUCUACACUCUGCCAGAAGGUGUGCUGCCAGAGCCGUCCCCGCCCUGCGGCCUGCUCUUCUCCACUCUGGAGACCAUCACGUGCCAGCACCCUACUGGAAAGGGCGCAGGUGUCCUGCAGGGGGAAAUGAAGCUGUGCAGCUGGUUCAGGCACCUGCCAGCCUCCGUCAUUGAGUUCCAGCCAGUGCUCCGAACCCUUGCACUUCCCAUCAGCCAGGAGUACCUGAGAGACACCCUGCGGAAGUGGAUCGACACGUGCAAUGAAGACAUUAAAAAUGGCAUCACCAACCUACUUCUGUACGUGAAGAGCAUGAAAGGUCUCGCAGGGAUCCGAGAUGCCAUAUGGGAGUUACUUACCAACGAGUCUGCUAACCACAGCUGGGAGGUGGUGUGUCAGCGGCUGCUGGAGAAGCCGCUCUUGUUCUGGGAGGACCUGGUGCAGAAGCUGUUUCUGGAUCGCUUACAGACUCUGAGCAAAGAAGGAUUUGAGUCCAUCUCCAGUAGCUCCAAAGAGCUUCUGGUCUCAGCUUUGCAGGAACUUGAGGGCAGCACCAGCGACUCCCCAUCCAAUAAACACAUCCACUUCGAGCAGAACAUGUCUCUCUUCCUCUGGUCCGAAAGUCCCAGUGACUUGCCUGCGGAUGCUGCCUGGGUCAGUGUGGCAAACCGAGGGCCGUUUGCCAGCAGUGGCCUCGCUAUGAAAGCUCAAGCUGUCAGCCCUUGUGUACAGAGCUUCUGUUCUGCCCUGGAUUCCAGGCUGAAGGUUAAACUGGAUGACCUGCUGGCCUACCUUCCCUGCAGUGAUGCACACCUGUCCAAGGGCACCACUGCCACGCAGCAGGCCAGGAACUCUGCCUUCGACAGGUAUGCAGAUGCCGGCACCGUGCAGGACAUGUUGUGCACCCACUCGGUGGCGUGCAUCCGGAGCAUCGUGGACUACAUCCAGGCGGAGCUGCAGGGCAUUGAUGCAGCCAUGCAAGGCCAGCAGGAUGUUCUCCAUGGCCCCAAGCUACAUGCAGCCCUCUUCAUGGCCAGACUUUGCCAGUCCCUGGGAGAACUGUGCCCACACCUGAAGCAGUGCAUUGUGGGAAAAUCCAGCAGCUCUGAGAAGCCAGCAAGGGAGGCGAGGACUCUGAAAAAGCAGGGAAAAGGGAAAUCUCAGGAAGUCCUUCCGGUUCAGGCCAAGUGGCAGGAAGUAAAGGAAGUGCUCCUCCAGCAGAGUGUGAUGGGCUACCGGGUCUGGAGCUCAGCCGUGGUGACAGUCCUGAUUCAUGGGUUCACCCAGUCAUUGCUUUUAAAUGAUGCCGGCUCAGUCCUGGCUACAGCCACCAGCUGGGAGGAAAUAGAGAUUCAGGAGGAGACAGAGUCUGGGGGCAGUGUCACCUCGAAGAUCCGCCUCCCUGUGCAGCCGUCCUGGUACGUACAGUCCUUCCUGUUUAGCCUGUGCCAGGAAAUUAAUCGAGUUGGAGGCCAUGCCUUGCCCAAAGUGACUCUUCAAGAGAUGCUGAAACACUGCAUGGUUCAAGUCGUAGCUGCCUAUGAGAAACUUGAGGAAGGAAAACAGAUGCAGAAAGAAGGGGCAUUUCCUGUGACCCAGAAUCGGGCCCUGCAGCUGCUCUAUGACCUACGCUACCUCAGCAUCGUCCUGACCACCAAGGGAGAGGAGGUGAAGAGUGGCCGGAGCAAACAAGAUUCCAGAGUUGAGAAAGUGACUGACCGCCUAGAAGCCCUCAUUGAUCCGUUUGACCUGGAUGUUUUCACACCACACCUCAACAGCAACCUCAAUCGACUGGUGCAGCGAACUUCUGUUCUCUUUGGACUGGUUACUCAUACAGAGAAUCAAUUUGCCCCCAGAAGCAAUACAUUCAACUCCCAGGAAGUGCAUAAUAUUUUACCCCUGGCCUCAAGUCAGAUCAGGUUUGGACUCCUCCCACUGAGCAUGACAAGCACAAGAAAGAUGAAGACAGCAAGCAGAGGCGCCGAAACCCAGGCCCAGGUUGGCCCCCCAGCACUCUCCAGAGAGGGUGACCCGACACAUCCUGGCUCCUUGUUCAGACAGCUCAUCAGUGAGGAAGAUGACUCAUCGGCACCUUCAUUAUUCAAACUUGGCUGGCUCUCGAGUAUGACUAAGUAACAUGGAAACAUGCCUGUUCUCUAAAUAAAUACCACUGCACUGUCCUCCUAAAA